AUGUCCUUCGGAGGCCAACGAACAACCCGAGCUGAGCUCUUUGCCUCAGACGACGCGGAUCACACCGACCACGCCCAGGAGAAUGACGCCGAAACCCGCGCCGCAAUCCUCGCAGCCCUCUCCGCAUCCCUUACCCUUCCUCCCGUUGCCAGCGAUUCCGUUCCGAUCACCACGCCUCCCGCAAACGAGGAGGAGGGUGGUGAAGAGGUGUUCGAGUUUAAUUUGUUCGGUGGUGGAGGCGGGAUGAAGAUCAAAGUUGCCGACGAUGCACCAGUGGAGGAAAAGUGGGUUAGGAGGGAGAGGCCGAUGUCUUACUAUGUCGUUGAUCCUUCCGACGAAGUCCGCCGUGCACAGAUCGAAGCCGCCGCCAUCUCCGGCACCCAAAUACUCCAGCUCUCCACCCACUCCCUCGAACCCCUCCUCACAAAACCCCGCAAACUCCUCCGCAUCUCUGCUCACACCCGCCGUCCCAUCCCCGCGCACCUCCCACCCACCAUCACCGCCGCCGAAUACGAAGCCGCGAACCCAAGGAGACGGUGGAGACCGAGUAAGAAGAGGCGAGAGUUUGAGAAGAGGAAGAAGGCUGAAGCAGAGGAGAAGGCUAGGAGAAAGACUGCGAAGGCGGGGAGGGGUGGGGUGAGAGGGGGCCAGGUUGGUAGUGCGGCGGGGGGGAGGAAGUGGGCUACGGAGUGA